GCAUGACGUAAUACGUAGGGGCUGGCUAGUCGCCAUCUUGCUUCUUGUUCUCGCUCGCUCUCUCCCUCUCGGGAAGCAGCGAAAGUGCUUUGGCGGUUUGUCCAUCUGCCGCGGCGGCUCUCCGAGUCCGGCGGUCCUUCGGGCGCCCCCACCCCCAGCCUCCUGUUCCCCUUCCUCGGAUCAGGCCUCGGCGGAAACCCUCCAAGUGCGCACCCACACUCAGCUUGACACCCUGGCCGACUGGUUUUAAGGGGUGUGGCAGGUUUUGGACUCGAUGAGUUUCCACCGAAAUGUCGGAGAAGUCAGGCCAGAGCACAAAAGCAAAGGAUGGGAAAAAGUAUGCGACACUCAGUUUAUUUAAUACUUACAAGGGUAAAUCAUUAGAAACUCAGAAAACCACAGUUGCAGCUCGGCAUGGAUUACAGAGUCUUGGAAAAGUUGGUAUUUCACGUCGUAUGCCUCCACCUGCCAACCUCCCGAGUCUCAAAGCAGAAAACAAAGGCAACGAUCCGAACGUGAACAUCGUACCUAAAGACGGCACGGGCUGGGCAUCAAAGCAAGAGCAGCACGAAGAAGAAAAAACACCAGAAGCUCCACCAGCACAGCCAAAACCUGGGGUUGCAGCUCCCCCAGAAGUAGCACCUGCUCCCAAAUCAUGGGCCAGUAACAAGCAAGGUGGGCAAGGAGAUGGAAUCCAGGUGAAUAGUCAUUUUCAGCAAGAAUUUCCCAGCCUUCAGGCAGCUGGGGAUCAGGAAAAAAAAGAAAAAGAAGGAAAUGAUGACAACUAUGGACCUGGACCCAGUUUACGCCCACCAAAUGUUGCUUGUUGGAGAGAUGGUGGUAAGUCUGCUGGCUCACCCUUAACGUCUGACCAAGACGAAAAGCUUCCUGGCCAGGAUGAAAGCACAGCGGGGUCGUCAGAACAAAAUGACAUCCUCAAAGUGGUGGAGAAGAGAAUAGCCUGUGGUCCCCCACAGGCUAAACUGAAUGGCCAGCAGCCCGCCCUCACUGCCCAGUACAGAGCUAUGAUGCCCCCUUACAUGUUUCAACAGUAUCCGAGGAUGGCGUAUACUCCUCUUCAUGGGCCCAUGAGGUUUCCACCUUCUUUGUCGGAAACAAACAAAGGCCUUCGAGGAAGAGGCCCGCCUCCUUCGUGGGCCUCUGAGCCCGAACGCCCCUCCAUCCUUAGUGCAUCAGAACUGAAGGAGCUUGAUAAGUUUGAUAACCUAGAUGCGGAAGCUGAUGAAGGUUGGGCAGGUGCCCAGAUGGAAGUGGAUUAUACAGAACAGCUGAAUUUCAGUGAUGACGAUGAGCAAGGAAGUAGCAGUCCCAAAGAAAACACCAGUGAGGAUCAAGGUUCAAAAGCCUCUGAAAACACUGAGACCCGAAAAGAGGCAGAUGAAGUGUGCAACAAUAAAUCAUCUCAGAUACCUGCCCAGCCAUCCGUAGCAAAAGGGCCCUAUGGGAAAGGACCGCCAUUUAAUCAGGAACGUGGACCAUCUUCACACCUGCCACCACCUCCAAAGUUGCUUGCACAGCAGCAUCCUCCUCCAGACCGACAGGCAGUACCUGGAAGACCAGGCCCUUUUCCCCCCAAGCAGCAAGUACCUGAUGAGGAUGAAAUGUGGAAGCAAAGAAGAAGACAGCAGUCAGAGCUUUCUGCUGCGGUUGAACGUGCUCGUAAACGGCGUGAAGAGGAAGAGCGAAGAAUGGAAGAACAGAGGAAGGCAGCAUGUGCUGAGAAGCUGAAACGGUUAAAUGAAAAGCUCGGCAUAGUGGACAAGCAACCAUCGCCCGAGGAAAUUAGAGAAAGGGAGCGAGAAAAAGAACGGGAGCGGGAGAAAGAACUUGAAAAAGAACAAGAACGGGAGCGCGAGAAGGAGAGGGAAAAAGAAAGGGAAAGGCAACAAGAGAAGGAGAAAGAACUGGAAAGAGAGCAGGAAAAACUAAGAGAAAUGGAGAAGGAAAGAAAGCAAGAAAAAGAAAAAGAACUGGAACGGCAGCAGGAAAAAGAAAAAGAACUAGAACUGCAAAAGACAAAAGAACAGGAAAAGGAAUGUGAGUCGGAGAAGAAAGAAAGGGAGAAAGUGGAGGAAAAAAUCGAACACAAAGAACCUGCUUUAGAGCCUAUGGUAGAAAAACCAGAAAGUGAAAACAGUGGUAAUAAAGAGGAUGACCCAGUUUUCACUAGACAAGACAGUAAUCGCAGCGAAAAAGAGACCACUCAAGUGGCGCAUGAAACAGAACCAGAAUCAGGGUCUCAGCCUCGGCCUGCUGUUUUAUCUGGCUAUUUUAAACAGUUUCAGAAAUCUUUACCACCACGAUUCCAACGGCAACAGGAGCAGAUGAAACAGCAGCAGUGGCAGCAGCAGCAGCAGCAGCAGCAGCAGCAGCAGGGUGCACUUCCCCAGACCGUCCCGUCACAGCCGUCCGGUGCCGCCGUCCCUCCUCCACCACACCGGCCUCUCUACCAGCCCAUGCAGCCCCACCCUCAGCAUUUGGCUUCCAUGGGUUUUGAUCCCCGGUGGCUCAUGAUGCAGUCGUACAUGGAUCCUCGAAUGAUGUCAGGUAGACCUGCCAUGGAUAUUCCUCCCAUUCAUCCCGGAAUGAUUCCUCCUAAGCCACUGAUGAGAAGAGACCAGAUGGAAGGGUCACCAAACAGUUCUGAGUCGUUUGAGCAUAUAGCUCGAUCUGCAAGAGAUCACGCACUUUCUCUGCCUGAGCCUCGUAUGAUGUGGGGAUCAGAUCCCUAUCCUCACACCGAGCCUCAGCAGGCUGCUACUCCCAAGGCAGCAGGAGCAGCUGAGGGUGUGAGGCCUGAAGUCCCACUGGAUCAGGAACAGAUUGCUGCUGCUUACCCUCUAGAACAUAGUCAGUUAGAGGCUCAUCCAAAAGCAGACUUGGUUAGAGAAUCAACUGAAACCGAAGCACAUAAGUUUUUAAGCAGAUCUGUGGAAGAUAUUAGGCCUCACCCCACUGACACAAAUCAUCAGCCUGCUUGUUGUGAUGUACCUGAUCGAAAGACUGCAUCCACUCCUCAGGAGGAGUGGGUUUCAGCCGGAGAAAGUCAGCCUGCCCGGAAGAAAAGUGUUUCCCAUGGAUCUAACCACACUCAGAAAUCGGAGGAGCAAAGAAACGAGCCUUCUGCAAGCAUUCCCAAAGUAAUCAGCAGGUGCAUGGAUGCAAAAGAACCGGCAGAAAGGUCAGAGGACAAACCCAGAAAGGAUGGCUUUCUACGAUCUUCUGAAGGACCAAAGCCUGAAAAACUGUAUAAAUCUAAAUCAGAAACUCGUUGGGGCCCAAGGCCAAGUUCCAACAGAAGAGAAGAAGGUAAUGAUAGGCCUGUGAGAAGAUCAGGUCCCAUUAAAAAACCUAUACUUAGAGAUAUGAAGGAGGAGCGAGAACAGAGGAAGGAGAAAGAAGGAGAAAAGGGAGAGAAGGUCACUGAAAAAGUUGUAAAACCGGAAAAACCAGAAAAGAAAGAUCCUGUCCCCCCACCCCAACCUCCCACAGUAGCGAUCCCACCCCAGUCGGGUCCACCACCACCUCAGCCAGAGCCAGAAAAAUUUCCUUCGCCAGAAACUCCAACCUUGGCACAAAAGCCAUCUCAGGAUGCUGAGAAGCUCUCAGAACCUGUAAGUAGCACCGAGGCAGAGGCUGUAGCUAAAACUGUAAACCAGCAAACUGUCACCGCACCAACAGUCAAAGAAGAGAAACAACCUGAGAAAGUCAUCACUAAAGACCUUGUCACAGAGCGGCCUCGACCAGAUUCAAGGCCAGUGGUUAAAAAAGAGUCAUGUCUACCCCCCAGGACCUAUUGGAAAGAAGCUAGAGAUAGAGACUGGUUUCCAGAUCAAGGGUACCGAGGCCGAGGCCGGGGCGAAUACUACUCCAGAGGCCGGAGCUACAGAGGCUCGUACGGUGGGCGCGGCCGUGGCGGUCGAGGGCACACGCGAGACUAUCCUCAGUAUCGAGACAACAGACCUCGUGCGGAGCACGUGCCCGCAGGACCCCUCAGGCAACGAGAAGAAAGUGAGACGCGAAGUGAGAGCUCUGAUUUUGAGGUCAUUCCCAAACGUAGGCGACAGCGUGGUUCAGAGACUGACACCGACAGUGAAAUCCACGAAAGUGCCAGUGACAAGGACAGUUUGAGCAAAGGGAAACUCCCCAAAAGAGAGGAACGGCCUGAAAACAAAAAACCUGUAAAGCCUCAAUCUUCUUUCAAGCCUGAAAAUCAUGUCCGAAUGGAUAGCAGACCUCUAGAAAAGCCUUAUGUAAGGGAUGACGAUAGACCCAAACCGGGUUUCCUUCCGAAAGGAGAGCCCACACGGCGAGGCAGAGGUGGCACGUUCCGGCGUGGGGGCAGGGACCCUGGGGGGCGCCCAUCACGCCCGUCCACCUUGCGGAGACCUGCCUAUCGGGACAAUCAGUGGAACCCCAGGCAGGCAGAAGCUCCUAAACCAGACAGUGCGGAGCCACCGAGGAGACACGAGCAGUUUGUUCCUAUGCCAGCAGACAAACGACCUCCAAAAUUUGAGCGGAAAUUUGACCCCACUAGAGAGAGGCCUCGGAGGCAGCGACCUACCCGCCCACCGAGGCAAGAUAAGCCGCCCCGAUUUCGACGACUCAGAGAGAGGGAGGCGGCUUCCAAACCCAGUGAGGUGGCCGUGCCCGCCGGUGGCACAGUGAGCACUGUGGUUCAGGAGCCAGUUAGUACUGCCGGGGAGGUUUCUGGGAACAAGACACCAGACUUAUCUAAUCAGAACUCUUCAGAUCAGGCAAAUGAAGAAUGGGAAACAGCUUCUGAAAGCAGUGAUUUCAAUGAGAGGCGGGAAAGGGAUGAAAAAAAAAAUGCUGAUUCGAAUGCACAAGCUGUUGUAAAGGCCGGAGAGAAUGUUUCACCCCCAAAACGAGAAGUGGCAAAGAGAAGUUUUUCUAGUCAGAGACCUGGCGUAGACCGCCAGAAUCGGCGCGGCAACAGCGGUCCCCCCAAAUCCGGAAGGAAUUUCUCAGGUCCUAGGAAUGAAAGGAGAAGUGGCCCGCCGUCAAAAAGUGGGAAGCGAGGACCAUUUGACGACCAGUCUGCAGGCACAGCCGGUGUCGACCCCGUGAGUGGCAGCUGUGCACACCACCCAGACGGGGCAGCCAAUGGCACAGGACAGAAGAGCUGCAAAGAUCCCACAGGGAAGAAAAGAGAAGAGCCCAAGCCAGGCCCAAAGAAACCCAAAGAGAAAGUAGACGCACUGUCACAGUUUGAUCUCAACAAUUACGCAAGUGUUGUUAUAAUUGAUGACCAUCCUGAAGUAACAGUAGUUGAAGACCCACAGUCAAAUUUGAAUGAUGAUGGUUUUACUGAAGUGGUAUCGAAAAAACAACAAAAACGUUUGCAGGAUGAGGAACGCCGGAAGAAGGAAGAACAGAUCAUACAGGUCUGGAACAAAAAGAAUGCAAAUGAGAAAGGAAGAAGUCAGACAUCUAAGCUUCCUCCACGAUUUGCCAAAAAGCAGGCUACCGGGAGCCAGCAAGCACAGUCUCCGUCUCCAGCUCUGACCUCGGUUCCAGGUCCAGCCUCAGCCACCGCUCCAGUUCCAUCCUCAACCCCAGCUCCAGGCCCAGCCUCCCCCUCAGCUCCCGUCCUAACCUCAGCCUCCACUCCACUCCCACCAUCAGCCUCAGCUCCAGUUCCAGCCUCCACCUCAGCUACAGCUACAGCCCCAGUCCCUUCCUCCAUUCCAGCUCCAACCCCCAUCCUGGCCUCCGCUUCAACCCCGGCCCCUGUCCCCAUCCUUGCCUCAGCCUCAAUUCCCAUUCUUGCUUCAGCCCUAGCUCCAACUUCAGCUCCAGCUGCAGUCAACUCAGCCCCAGCUGUCCCAGCCAGUUCCACCCCAACUGCCCCAGCCAAUUCAGCCCCGACCCCAACCCCUGCUCUAGCCCCAGCCCUAGUCACAGGCCCCACUGCCCCAGCUCAAGCUCAGGGACAGACUCACAAACCAGUCCAGAGUCCACUACAGACGACAGCACAGUCUUCAAAACAGCCACCACCUUCACUUAGACUGCCUUCAGCUCAGACACCUAAUGGCACAGAUUAUGUAGCCGCAGGAAAAUCCAUCCAGACCUCGCAGUCACAUGGCUCUCUUACAGCUGAGUUAUGGGACAACAAGGUGGCCCCACCAGCUGUGCUGAACGACAUCUCUAAGAAAUUAGGUCCCAUUAGCCCACCACAGCCAUCUUCAGUCAGUGCCUGGAAUAAGCCUCUGACGUCGUUUGGAUCAGCUGCUCCACCCGAGGGAACCAAGAAUGGUCAAGAAAGUGGAGUUGAAAUUGGAAUUGACACAAUUCAGUUUGGUGCUCCAGCUUCAAAUGGGAAUGAAAAUGAAAUUGUUCCUGUGCUUUCGGAAAAAACUACUGACAAAAUACCUGAACCGAAAGAACAACGGCAGAAGCAGCCGCGGGCCGGCCCUAUCAAAGCCCAGAAGCUUCCAGAUUUGAGUCCAGUAGAAAACAAAGAACAUAAACCUGGUCCUAUUGGAAAGGAACGUUCAUUAAAAAAUAGAAAAGUGAAAGAUGCCCAACAGGUAGAGCCAGAAGGACAAGAGAAGCCCAUCCCUGCUGCGGUCAGAAGUGCGGAUCCCGUGACGACGAAGGACACCAAGGCAGCUUCGGAAAUGUCUGGUGACAUAGGAGCCAUGAUCUCAGUGCCGGCCGCAGAAUAUGGCACCGAUGUCAAGGAGUCUGUAACAGACUAUACUACACCUUCUUCUUCUCUGCCUAACACUGUGGCUACUAAUAAUGCAAAGAUGGAGGAUACUUUGGUUAAUAAUGUGCCCCUGCCCAACACCCUUCCCCUCCCUAAGAGGGAGACUGGACAACAGAGCUCCAGCCUCACUUCCGUCCCUCCCACUACUUUCAGCCUCACCUUCAAGAUGGAGUCUGCACGUAAGGCAUGGGAGAAUUCUCCAAAUGUGAGGGAAAAGGGAUCUCCAGUCACUUCGGCGGCACCCCCAAUCUCAAGUGGAGUCCCCAGUAGUGCCAGUGGGCCGAGCGCCACCAGUUACAGCUCGUUCUCCAGCGCGUCCGUGCCUCAGAUUCCCGUCGCUUCGGUCACUCCCACCACGUCGCUGUCAGGCGCUGGUACCUACACUACCUCUUCUCUGAGUACAAAGUCCACAACCACGUCAGACCCUCCUAAUAUCUGUAAAGUGAAACCCCAGCAGUUACAGACAAGCAGCCUGCCCUCUGCGAGUCAUUUUUCGCAGCUGAGCUGUAUGCCUUCCCUGAUCGCCCAGCAGCAGAGUCCGCAGGUCUACGUGUCUCAGUCCGCAGCAGCUCAAAUCCCAGCUUUCUAUAUGGACACAAGUCAUUUAUUCAGUACCCAGCAUGCACGGUUGGCUCCACCGUCAUUGGCUCAGCAACAAGGCUUCCAACCAGGUCUUUCUCAGCCCACUUCCGUUCAGCAGAUCCCAAUCCCUAUUUACGCGCCACUGCAAGGACAGCAUCAAGCCCAGCUGAGUCUGGGUGCCGGACCCGCUGUUUCCCAGGCUCAGGAACUGUUCAGUUCUUCCCUUCAACCAUAUAGAUCUCAGCCAGCCUUUAUGCAAAGCAGCCUAUCCCAGCCGUCUGUGGUGCUUUCUGGGACUGCCAUCCACAAUUUUCCAGCUGUCCAACACCAGGAACUUGCCAAGGCACAGUCGGGUCUUGCCUUUCAACAGACUUCAAGUACUCAGCCUAUUCCUAUAUUGUAUGAACAUCAGCUGGGCCAGGCGUCAGGACUGGGAGGGUCCCAGCUGAUCGAUACACAUCUCCUCCAGGCUAGAGCCAAUCUUACCCAGGCUUCAAACCUUUAUUCUGGACAAGUACAACAGCCUGGUCAGACCAAUUUUUAUAACACUGCCCAGUCACCGAGUACUCUGCAGCAGGUAAACUAUGGCAUGGUUACGGUACCUCUACCUGCAUCCCAGCUCUCCUUGCCGAAUUUUGGAUCCACGGGGCAGCCUUUAAUUGCUCUGCCUCAGACUCUUCAGCCCCCGUUACAGCACACCACCCCCCAGGCCCAGGCCCAGAGCCUGAGUCGUCCCGCACAAGUCAGCCAGCCUUUCAGGGGGCUGAUCCCAGCUGGAACACAGCACAGCAUGAUAACAACCACAGGGAAAAUGUCUGAAAUGGAACUGAAAGCCUUUGGGAGUGGCAUUGACAUAAAACCAGGGACCCCUCCGAUCAGCGGUAGAAGCACCACACCAACAUCUAGUCCCUUCCGGGCCACUUCCACAAGUCCGAACAGCCAGUCCAGCAAAAUGAACAGCAUUGUCUAUCAGAAGCAGUUCCAGUCAGCCCCUGCCACUGUGAGAAUGACACAACCAUUUCCUACACAGUUUGCACCCCAGAUCCUCUCUCAGCCUAACCUGGUCCCUCCAUUGGUAAGAGCCCCACAUACUAACACCUUCCCAGCGCCUGUUCAGAGGCCGCCAAUGGCACUGGCCAGUCAGAUGCCUCCUCCGCUGACCACAGGCCUUAUGAGCCAUGCUCGUUUGCCACAUGUAGCCAGGGGUCCUUGUGGAUCACUGUCUGGAGCCAGAGGUAAUCAGGCCCAGGCCGCGCUGAAGGCUGAACAAGACAUGAAGGCAAAGCAGAGAGCAGAGGUUCUUCAGUCCACGCAACGGUUCUUCUCUGAACAGCAGCAGAGCAAACAGAUAGGAGGCAAAGCCCAGAAAGUGGACAGUGAUUCAAGCAAACCUCCUGACACACUGACCGACACUCCCGGUGUCUGUCAGGAAAAAGUAGAAGAAAAGCCACCUCCUGUACCCACCAUAGCCACCAAACCUGUUAGAACUGGACCGAUCAAACCUCAGGCCAUCAAAACCGAAGAAACAAAAUCUUAAACGGCUGUGGUUUAUUGCAGGGGGCUGGGGGAGAGGAGAAGGGAGAGGAAGAGUGAAGUCAGAUGAUGCCAGCAGCCAGAGGGGCAAACGGCCCUCGCCCAGACCCGGAGGCACAAAGGGCGCGGGCGGUUCACACUGACAGCUGCUGCACCAGUAGGUACAACACGCUCUGUCAGGGGCUGUGUGUCUUCGGUCCUAAUUUCCACACAAACGUGCACGCGUUCCUGAGUGGAUGUAACGUAGAAUUAAGGCCUUAUGGUUAGAUGAAACCCAGAAACGAGAGGAAAAUCACUGCCGCAGAGCAGCUUGGCCGCACCAGUGGUCCCGGCUCGCCCAUCAGGUGUGGUUUCUCUGCUCCCCUGUGACCUGCGCAGAUCGUGAUGGCAUUUCUAAGGUUGGUGGUGAAGAGCUGAAGAUAACUGGUGCUGGAGAGAGGAGCCUUGGUUUUGAUUCUGGCAGCUUGCUAUUUUUGUCACGUGGUAACUGAGUUGAAUCAAAGUACAAUCAAAGUACAGUACUCGAUGUCCCUUUCUCCCUGGCUGAGUGAGCAAAUGGUGAAAUGGUAAUGUCAGCAUCCGUGAACAUGUCCAACUGGGCAGUGUCGGCUACUGCUUCUGUUUGAAAUGACGCUGUGUUUGGUCGUGGCCUGAAGCUUUGAAGCACGGCUGGGCGCCUCCGUUCUUCCACGGAGCUCUUACCAUCCAAACAGCAGAUUUGGUAAAAUACUACUUAGGCUGAGUCCUGCUUGCCUCCGCUCGGUUGUUUUUGUAUGAAUCCAGUGGGGAUGGUUUUUCUUUGUUUGUUUGUUUUGUCUUUUUUAAACGGUUUUUAGCCGAUCUGUGUGAAGAGCAGUGAGUACCUAGUACUGAGCCACUGAUGAAAGGAAGUCCUAUCUAAGAAGGUGCAUUUCUUUACCAGAGCUGUGUCGUCCCAUCCUUCGGGCCCUGCGCUGGAACGAUAGAACCAAGUCUGAAAUAAUGCCUUUUAAUUGUAUCCUCUAGUCUUAUAGAUGUAGGACAGUACUGUAUCAUACUGUGUGAAUGUACACUAUCUUGUACCUGCUUUAGGAUACGUAGUAGUGACCGUGCUUUAUCAGAGCUGUUUUUAAUGACGUUAUUCUAGAAUGUUUUCUUUCCAGAUGAUGAUUGAGAAGCUGAUUUAAAAAAAAAAAAAAAAAAAUGGUGCCAGGUACCACAACAGUAA